GAGAUCAUGCAUUUCUUAGAUGAUUCAUUUCAUUUCUUUGCUUAAAUUGUAAAUGGAGAUUGAUUGCAAUAAUGAUGAUUGGGUAUUUUUAAAAUGUUUCUAAACCAUAAAACUUUUGAAAGCUAAGUAUAUGGAAAUGUGUUUCCCCUUAGAUCUCCAGUGCCUGUUGGGUUUUUACCAAAAGGGAAGUUGCCAGCGUACAGUUACUUACACGCUGAUGUAGGUCCGGUACAAUGACUCUGUAGAAAGGCCGAGACCGGGCGGCAAGGGAGCCCGGCUACCGAAGGAUGAACGGCGAGGAGGAAUUCUUCGAUGCUGUCACAGGCUUUGAUUCUGAGAACUCUGCCGGGGACUUUUCAGAGGCGGAUCAGAGGGUUGCCGGAGUGAUGCGCGUGGACACUGGCAGAAGCAAUGGGAUCGGAAAGGUCGGGGAGAGGCCCCCUCGAGAGAACGGAAUUCAGAAGUACAGGACGUCGCUGCCUGCCCCGAUGUUCUCCAGAAGUGACUUCAGCGUGUGGAGCAUAUUAAAGAAAUGCAUCGGCUUGGAGCUGUCCAAGAUCACCAUGCCCAUCGCCUUCAACGAGCCCCUGAGUUUCCUGCAGCGGCUCACGGAGUACAUGGAGCACGUGUACCUCGUCCGCAGCGCCUGCCGCCGGCCCCAGGCCCUGGAGAGGAUGCAGUGCGUGGCGGCCUUUGCGGUGUCUGCGGUGGCUUCCCAGUGGGAGAGGACCGGCAAGCCCUUCAACCCCCUCCUGGGAGAGACUUACGAGCUGAUCAGGGAGGAUUUGGGAUUCAGAUUCAUAUCUGAACAGGUCAGCCACCACCCCCCCAUUAGUGCGUUUUACUCAGAAGGCCUCAAUCAGGACUUCCUGUUUCACGGCUCCAUCUACCCGAAGCUCAAGUUCUGGGGCAAGAGCGUGGAGGCUGAGCCUCAGGGCACCAUCACGCUGGAGCUGCUCAAACACGGGGAAGCCUACACCUGGACCAACCCCACCUGCUGCGUGCACAACGUGCUGGUCGGGAAGCUCUGGAUAGAGCAGUACGGCACGGUGGAGAUCGUGAACCACAGAACCGGAGAUAAGUGUGUGCUUCACUUUAAACCCUGUGGAUUGUUCGGAAAAGAACUUCACAGAGUGGAGGGCCACAUUCAAGACAAGAACAAGAAGAAGCUCUUCAUUAUCUACGGGAAAUGGACAGAGUGCUUGUGGGGCGUUGACCCUGCUGCGUACGAGUCGUUCAGGAAACGGGAGAGGAGAGGUGACCCGCCGAGCAAGACGCAGCCGGAUGACGGCUCCCAGAAAGCCGAAGGUGACGUGGCGGACGCCGUGCCCGAGGUUCAGGAGACGGUGCAGGUCAUUCCUGGCAGCAAGCUACUCUGGAGGGUCAACACUCGGCCCCCCAACUCUGCCCAGAUGUACAAUUUCAGCAGUUUCACCGUCAGCCUCAACGAGCUGCAGCGCGGCAUGGAGGAGACGCUGCCCCCCACGGACUGCCGCUUACGUCCUGACAUCCGCGGCAUGGAGAACGGCGACAUGGAUCUGGCGAGCCAGGAGAAGGAGCGGCUGGAGGAGAAGCAGAGGGAGGCCCGGAGAGAGCGAGCCAAACACGAGGCUGAGUGGCAGACAAGGUGGUUCCACCAGGGCAGCAACCCGCACACGGGGACGCCCGACUGGUUGUACACCGGGGGUUACUUUGAGCGGAAUUUCUCCCGCUGCCCGGAUAUCUACUGAGGGCUGGAGCGGCCGCGGCACCGGAGGCUGGACUGCGCCAAGAGGCUUCCCGGAGCUC